AUGCAAGGGGACGAAUCGGCAACGACGCCAACUUCGGGAGCCGCCUCUGAUGAUGCAGUACGACGGUUUCGAAGUCCUGGCACGUUCGAUCCGGAGAAGGAGGACUGGAAGCUCUAUGAGAUUCGGUUCCAGGCAGCGCUUCAAGUAGCAAGGGUCAUCAACGACGCGGACAAAUGUGGACUUUUGAUUUCGUCACUCAGUCCGGACGUUUUUAAACGACUCUACAACUUAGUGCAGCCUCGGAUCGUCACAGAGGUACCUUUCAAAGACAUUACGGCCGUGUUAUCUGAACAUUUCACGCCGAAGUGCUUCAGAGAAUUUGAGAGGUCCAAGCUCUUCUCCGCGCGUCAGCAAGAGGGCGAACCCGUCAAAGACUUCGUUCAGCGCUUGUCUGCAAUAAUUUCCCGUUGCGAAUACGAAACGGAAACAGAUGUCAGAGCCUGUUCCUUACUAACUGCCUUUAUCGUGGGUCUCCGUGAUCAACGCAUUCGCGCCCGGCUCGUCCUCGAGAAGAGUUUAACUUUGGACACAGCGAUUCGACUGGCUGAAAGCUCUUUGGCCGCAGAGGCUGAAUCGAAGCAGUUGCAUGCGGGGACGGCCGUGCACAAGGUUACAUCCAGGAAUGCCAGCAAGGAGUCUUGUUUCAGGUGCGGAAAUUCCAACCACCUCCAGGAAUCUUGCAGAUUUCGUAACGAAGAGUGUCACGCUUGUGGGAAGAUUGGCCAUAUUGCAAAGAUGUGCCGUACAUCCCAGCCACAGGCAAAACACAAGAAAGGCAAGAGGGGCCCCAAGGUGAAGCUUGUGACGGACGUGUUCCUUGCCGAUGAAGACGACGGGAAGUUCCUUACUUGCAAGAUCAAGGACAAGCAGAUCGUUUUACAAGUGGAUACUGGUUCCCGUGCCACGCUUCUGGAUGAUCGGACGUACAAGAAAUUGGGCGAGCCCAGGCUACAUCCCUCUCCAGUCCGUCUACGCGCCUUCAACAAGAAUGAAAUUCCGCUUCGUGGGGCGGCAGACCUUCUUGUCUUCAUCGAUGGAAGAGAAGAAACCCUACCAGUUAUCUUCACCAAGAUGGAGCACACUAAUCUCCUUGGGCGAGAGUGGAUACGCAAGCUAGGCAUCAAUCUCAACGAGCUGUUUGUUGGUUCCAUUAGCUCAAUCGCUGCGUUGGACGAGAUUCUGGGGGCGUACGAAGAUCUUUUUCGCAAUCAGCUCGGUAGAUGUACCAAGACCUUGGUUCAUCUCCAUCUCAAAAACGACGCUCAGCCAAAGUUUUUCAAGCCACGACCGAUUCCUUUUGCGACUCGUGAGGCAGUACAAGCUGACCUACAACGUCAAAUAAAGAAUGGUGGGCUGGAACCAGUCGAGGUGUCGGAAUGGGCUACCCCCAUUGUGGUUGUUCCGAAGCCGAAUGGAGCUGUUCGAGUCUGCGGCGAUUUCAGCGUCACAGUGAAUCCCCAGAUUGAGAUCGCGCAGUAUCCUUUGCCUCGAACGGAAGAGCUGUUGGCAGUGCUAAAUGGAGGCCAGAAGUUCACCAAAUUGGACUUGUCUGAGGCGUACCUCCAGAUGGAGUUGGAUGACGAAGCCAAGAGGAUAUUGCGCACAAUGGAGCAAGUGAUUGCCGGAAUUCCGUCUGUCGCUUGCUAUCUGGACGACAUAAUUGUCACUGGCAAGAACGACACGGAGCAUCUCAAGAACUUUGAGCAAGUCUUAGAGCGCCUUCGACAGUUUGGUUUCACACUGAAGAAGGAGAAGUGUGCCUUCAUGCAGCACCAGGUGGAAUACUUGGGACAUGUUGUUACAGCGGAGGGAUUUCCACCAUCUGCUAAGAAGGUGUCGGCAAUUUUGAACAUGCCUCCUCCCACGCAAGUGUCAGAGUUACGGGCGUUUCUCGGCAUGAUUCAGCACUACGCAAAGUAUUUGCCCUCGUUGGCGGAUGCCUGCGCUCCGCUUAACAACUUACUCAGGAAAUCUGUGCCAUGGCAAUGGUCGGCGUCUUGCGUGGAUGCGUUUGAGGCAAUCAAGAAGAUGCUCACUUCUGCCGAAAUUCUCACACACUACGAUCCGCGCAAGGAGAUCUUCCUGGCCGUGGAUGCUUCUUCGAAGGGGCUUGGUGCAGUCAUCUACCGUAUCGUACCGUAUCAUCUAUCGUAUUAA